UGAAGACCAUACGUACAUUUGCGUACAUAAUCCUGCAACUACGUUUCAAACCGAAAAUUCCAUCGAAGAGAAAUAAUACAAAAUGUAAGUAUUUGUUUACUACUUGCUACAUCAACCGCUAUAUAUAUAGAGAAAUUAGAAAAAAAUUUACGUUUUAUUAUUUAAAGACGUACACUGAAUUAGAAGACUUCGAUGCUGUUUGGAUGGCUGAGGAAUACGAAGAAUACAAGAAACACAUUGUGAAGGACGCGCAUGACUUGUUAGCCAAAUUAGUCUCAGAUUUUAGUUCUGAACAAUUUGAUGAUCUAUUUGAUGAUCUGCUUUAUUGCAUGGUAUUCUGCAGCUACGCAAUUGACAAAAUACUGCUAGGAAGAAAUAAUAUAAAACCAAAAGUGUGAUUAAAAUUGCAAUAGUUAGCAAUGGUUAAGUGCAACAUAUGCUGGAAAGAACAUUCUGUUUUAUUAUCACGGCAAUUUCACAGUUUUCCAUCAGAUGCAGAAAGGCGAGAAAAAUGGUUUAAUAGCAUUGGUUAUACUGUCGAUACUUACAAAAAUGCAAGAAUUUGCAGUGAUCAUUUUACAGAAGACGAUUAUUACUAUACUGGCACACCUAUACUAAGUAGAAGAUUAAAAAAAACUGCAAUUCCGUCUGUUUUUACACAAAGAUCUUGUAGAAGGUCCAAGAAAGAUACAAGAAGCAAUAUUCAAAAUAACAAUCAAGAUGAAUCACUAAUAGAUAUUGAAUAUGAAUCAACAAUGGAUAUCCAACAUCAAUCGGCAAUAGAUGUUCAACAAUCAACAAUCGACAAUCAUGACAAUUCAACAAUUCAACAUGACAAUCUUAUUUUGGUUAAACCAACAGUUGUCGAGAAUACAGUAACACAUAAUAACAUCAGUCGAAGAAGAAAACGAUGUAAUGAUAUGGAAAAGAUUUUCCUAAAGACUGCGAUUGAAUCUGAGAAUGGAACCGAUCAAGAGCAGGAGAACGAAACACAAAUUGAUGCCGCAUCACCAUCAUCAAGCGUCGAGUUGUCGGAGAAUGGCACGCAUCCGUGCCCAAUGUGCUCGUCGAUAUUUUCCAGUUCUCACGAACUGACGAAUCAUCUGCGCGGCCAUAACUCACCCCGCAGCACAGACUGCAGCGGCGAAGAGGACUACAGCUGCGGGGUUUGCAACAAGGUGCUCAGCUCGGCAAGCUCGCUGGACCGACACGUCCUGGUACAUUCGGGCGAACGGCCGUUCAAGUGCAAAUACUGCAACAUGUCGUUCACGACGAACGGCAAUAUGAACCGUCACGUGAGGUGCACCCAUCGGGUGGCAUCGCCGAAUAGUUGCACGGACUCCGAAGGCAGCAGCGGCUCGGAGAGACCGGCGACGACGAAUCAGGGCGAGUACAACAACAACGAAUUAGCCAGGCGCAACUCGCCGACUUUGAUCGACGACCAGCAACAACCGUCGUCGCCCGGCAAUCAUCACGCGAGCAAGCGAAAAUGCUUGCAAGAUGACGCCAGUGACACGGAGGAACAGAAGAGGCACAAGACCCUCAUGAAUAAUGCCAGAAUAAUGAUAAGAUGCCAACCGGACGGGGAGCAGAUGACGUUCGGUUGUAUGAUCUGUGGCAAAGACUUCGUGAGCGGCGCGAUGCUAGAGGCUCACAUGGAACGCGUGCAUCCAGAAUCUCUGGCCACCUGCGAGAUCUGCAGCAUGACCUUCAAGAAUCACCGGCAAUUGAACCUUCAUCGUUCUAUGAGUCACUAUAAGAAGAAUGCAGGCGGCAACAACAGCCGUCGCAGCACCGUGGACGGUUUCGGCGAUCUCACGUUCAUGGACUUUUCGGCAGCGAAGUUCGCGGAGAUCGCUCGACGGAUGUGCGAGCAGGAGCUGCACCGGCCGGCCUCUGGCGAGGUGAACAGGUUCCAGUGCAUGAAGUGCCUGCACGCGUUUCCCUGCAGACAGGCGCAGCUCGAUCAUGAAAAGGAAUGCAAAGGUCCAUACAAGAACAAGAGAAACAGUAACGACAGCAACAAUAAUAAUGAUAACAAUACCAAUAACAAUCUCGAAACGGAACUGGACGCUCCGUCCCCGCAGCCCGACGAUCCCAAAACGACGCGCGAGAUCUUCUUCGCCGUGUUGGAUCUGCAGAAUAAAUCCUUGGCGCGCGAAGCGAAGGAACCUAGGGAGCCGAAAGAGAUCAAGGAGCCGAAGGAGAUGAAGGAUCUAGCGGAUAUCCCGAGCAUCUUGUCCGUCAGUUUAAACGGGCUGCCGACCUUCCCGCGAUCGGACACCAGCACGCCCGAGAACAACAUCAAGUUUAAUCCGAAUAUCGGCUCUUCGGGUUCCUCGGGUACCUGCUCGUCCGAAUAUAACGAGGAGGAGGCGCAGGAUGCUUUCACCGCGGAAUUUCGGAAAAUGAAGCUGAAGGGCGAGUUUCCCUGCAGAUUGUGCGCGUCCGUGUUCCCCAAUCUGCGGGCGCUCAAGGGGCACAAUCGCGCGCAUAUGAACGUAGAGCCGGGAAUGCCAUAUCCGUGCAAUAUGUGCCCCUUCACCAGUACCGACAAAGGGGCUCUGUUGAAGCACUUGAGAUCGCAUAACGGUGACCGACCUUUCGAAUGCUCCCUCUGCAAUUACGCGUUCACCACUAAGGCAAAUUGCGAGAGGCAUGUAAAGAAUCGCCAUGGAAUGAUCAGCAAGGAGGAUGUUAAGAAUGCGCUGAUCUAUCAUCCAAGCGAGGACUCGACAAAUGAGAAUGUUGAGAGAAGCUCGCCCAGAGGUGUCAGGGAUGACGUGCGAAAAACGCUCAUCUAUCCGAACGAACGUGAAGAAAUCUCUCAACAACAGCAGAUACAUUAUCCGCCUGUAUCGAUGGACUGUAACCCGGGACCUUCGAAUGUUUGCGCUGAAAUGCUGAUGAACUGUUACGAGAAGCCGGACAUAUUCCAUAGACCAAUAAAAAUACAGGCUCUGAAUCUCGUGAAAAAAAAUGCCGAAGAAUCGAACGCGUCUCAUGAUCUGAUCGUGAAGUCUAAUUAUUCAAAGAUCGACGAGGAUAUUGAGUCAAGAUCAUCGGAUGGCAGCGUGUCUCUAGUCAGCGAUACCAAAACAGAUACACACCAAAGAAUUCAAGCUAGUCCGAUAAAUCUGACCAAGUCCACGACAAGCUCCGUGUUAAGUUCGGGAGAAGACGGUCCUUUGGAUCUAUCCAUGGAUGUUGUUCUAGAUCUUAGCAGGAAACGGAAGAGGGAGAACGAAAAUUCUCAGGAGGAGAAACAUUAUAAGAACAAUCAACAGGAAUUGUAUGCCGCGAAUCCGGCACUGCUGCUAACUCAAGCUCUGCUGAACAGAGCACGCGAAAGUUCGACUACGUCGUUGGAGAAUUUUUGUGCGAGCACUUUCUAUCGUAAUCUCAACACGUUGACUAGCGCCUCCAUGAUACCGUCGUAUUUUCUCAAUCCUCACAUGUUUGGUCAGGAAUUGACCGAGAAGGGCAAAUUGCAGAAGGAGCUAGUCAGGGGUUUGCAAUUGACCGGCGGCAGCACCUUUCCCGUGGAUCCAUCAUUGCCCAGCACCAGUUACGCGGCAUAUGCGCAGGCGCGGGACAUCCCGCAAACCUCGAGCGAACACAACGCCUACGCGAACCUGGUGAACGCGCAGAUAGCCAACCAAGCCGCACCGAGCCGCGAGAAAACGGAUAGCAUUUCAUCGAACGAUCCCGUGAAGAUGGUACUCAAAAACGGCGUGCUAAUACCCAAGCAGAAGCAGCGCAGAUACCGCACCGAGAGACCGUUCGGUUGCGAGCACUGCACGGCAAGAUUCACACUGCGAAGCAACAUGGAACGACAUAUUAAGCAACAACAUCCUCAGUAUUGGAGCCAAAGACCCCGCGGCGGACACUCAACUAGAGGCAGACCGCCCGCGAAUCAUCCGAAUAUGAUGCAGAAUUCCGGCCCGUCAACCUCGCAAGUAAUUCAACCAUAUCCGAAUAUUCUUCAAAACGUCGACUCGUCAAUGGUUACAUCGGACUAUAAUACGCAUCCCAUUUCAGAUCAAGUAAAGUAUGCCAUUCUAGCACAACAAUUAAAAGCCGAUAAAAUGGAUGACAAUGAUUCGGAUGACGAAAUGGUAAUAGAUGAGGAAUCAGGCGACAGGGAUGCACAGGAACCGCAAGCUCAGCACGAACUUAGCACAAGCUUGCUGAGAGAUCAGUUAGAGAGCAGCGAGGGCAUUAAAGAUAUCAUCGUGAAAAAGGAACUAAUUGACCCCGCGGAAGAGACCUCGGAAGAAUCUCACGGUGAACAAGUUGCACGAAACGGCGUAGACAGGAUCAACGCGGAAGAAUCUGCGGCUGCUGAAAACAAAUCGAUACACAACGAAGAAAUGAUCAAGACGGAACCCUCCGGGAAAGAGCAGGGCAAACUCGAGGACGGAGCAGCCGAUCUCGCGAGUGUCUCGAAACUAUUGGACAACGCAUCUCAGCAAUAUCAGGAAUUCAAACCGCAAGACUUGAGCGACGAAGAAGGUCCUGUAGCCUCGACCAGUGGCAACAAUUCCGGUAGCGAAAAGUCCGACUCGAAUUCUUUAAACUCCGGAAAUGAUUCUUCAUCGAAUAAAAAGAAAAAGAAGAAGAAGAAGUCCGCGUACUCGAUGGCACCAAAUCGGGUCCCCUGUCCUUAUUGUCCGCGUCAAUUCCCUUGGAGCUCAUCGCUGAGACGGCACAUCCUCACUCAUACCGGCCAGAAGCCCUUUCAGUGCACACAUUGCUCGCAUUACUUUACCACGAAGUCCAACUGCGACCGCCACUUGUUAAGGAAACAUAAGGCAAAGGCGAAUAAGAUGCGCCGUGUCAGAAAUUCCUCCUCGCCAGACGUACAGGUGGUUGCCAGCAGCAGCAGCAGUAGUAGUAACAAUACGUUCUCCAUGAGAAACGUGCCCGAGAGACCAUACAAGUGCAAUCAGUGCCCAAGCUCGACCUUCUCUACUUUAGGCAAUCUGAAAAAGCACCGAUCGACCAAGCAUCGUAAGACUACGUCCCGGUCGGAGUCCAGCGAUCAACAGAAUAGUCCACCGCAGUGCUCCAACACGCAGAACGAUCAUAGUGAUUACGAGAGCCGGUCAUCGAGCGCAUCCGAGAACAUGGAGAAUUCCGCUAGCACAGCCGUAAAGGUCAAUUCUAAUACGACAUCUCUGACAUCGAUGAACGAGAUCACCAGAUCACGCAAGUCGCCGAGAUCAUCGCCUGGUCCCAGCGAUGCUCCCUUCAAAUGUUACUUAUGCGACAGCGGCUUUUCCGAGCGUCAAGAUAAUUUGGAUCACAUCAAAAUGCACCACAAGCGCUCGUACGAUAUGCUGAAGGCCAAGGGCGCCCUCGAUAUGGCAUCUAUGAACAUAGACGCGAAUGAAGAUCAGAUGGCACAGCAACAUCCUAGUGACGGCGAAGAGAAGAGAGGUCGAUUUCCCGAUUACAGUAAUAGAAAGGUUAUAUGUGCUUUCUGUAUGAGACGAUUUUGGUCCGCGGAAGAUCUCCGGCGUCACAUGAGGACCCACACAGGCGAAAGACCAUUUGAAUGCGACAUCUGCACUAGGAAAUUCACGCUGAAGCACAGCAUGCUGCGCCAUCGUAAAAAGCACGAGUCCGUGGAUUCUGCCAUGUACAUAGGUAAUAGCGGUGACGAGGACAACUCGCCCGCGCAGCCACCGACGAUAACACCUAGAAGUCAGCAGCAUUCGCCAAUCUCUACGAAUACCAGCAGGCCCCGUACCCAGGACAGAAUCUCUCUACCGACCGUUGCGGCAGUCGCAACAGCGGACGCAGCACCCUGUGCGCUUAUGCGGUACAAUCACUACGACAACAUGGCCACUCUCACCGGCAGAAUGGCAAACGACAGCUCGCAGAACGCUGCGCCUGCUUCUCUGCCUUCCCCGCCACCUCCCGCGGAAGUGCCCAGCGAGAGCGGCGACAACGACUUGAUCUCCAAUUUGCUGGGCAUACGUGAGAAAGGUUUACUCGAUAAAGUUCUUCUGAGCCGGCGGACGACGCGGCCAAGUUGUUGGGUGUCAAUCAUAGCGAGUGAUAGAUACGUUAAACGCAUGUGGAAGAAAGUAGGUUGCGAUCGGACACACGCGAACUGCGUAUUUGAAAGAAGAUAUAAAUUAAGUAUAAUAUGUAGUAGUUAAAUAUGUCGAGUAAUCUAUAUCGAAUUAGAUAUUUCUUGAGAUGUUAACUGGUACACUAAAUCUGAGUGACGGUAAAUAUAUAACCUGUCUGAUGUGUGAGAGAGGACUGAAUCAUGCUUAUCUGCGGUAAUGUCAUUUGAAAGAUGUUAUUGUCUGAUCGCACAUCGUUUUCUUCUACUGUUCGUGAGCACAGAAGAUAUCAUUAGAUUAAUCGUCAGAAUUCUCUUCAAUUCUCCGUCUAAGGUUCACGAUCGUGCCUUACAUUCCUUAUCGAUUUGUCGCACGUGUUUGUAUAAAACACCGUAGUGUUUCGGAGAGUUUUUCUGUCGAAAUAAAGUUCUCUGAUGAGAGAAAGGGAGAAAAAGCAGUAGCCGGAAUAAGAUUAUGCGCUCUAUGAGACGAAAUUUUACAGUUUAUAACGAGAUCGUAUUAUCACAAGUGUUAUACUUACUUUGCAAAAAA